AUGGAGGACACCAACUGGAAACAAGGGAAAAAUUUCAGGGAACUCAAGUUUGCCCGUACAUUAAUAUUCACUUUGGAGAAGAUCAAUACCGAACCAGACCUUCUUCCUGGAGUCACUCUGGGCUAUACAAUUCUGAAUGCCUGUGGAGGCCUAAACCUUAUGAGGGCUACUCUGGAGGCUUUGAGUAAGGACGAAAAAAAACAACAGGAAUGUGCCCGAAUCCUCGCAUUUAUAGGGCACUCUUCCUCAGGACCCACACAGAAAAUAAACAAUAUACUAAGUCCUUUUGGGAUACCACAGAUCAGCCAUCUUUCCACCUGUGCAUGUUUAAGCAACAGACACAUCUAUCCCACUUUUUUCAGAACUGUCCCGAGUGAUCACUUCCAGGUCAUUGCACUUAUUCAGCUCAUGAAGCAAUUUGGAUGGAACUGGAUUGGACUUGUUUACAGUUUUGGAUCAUAUGGAGAAAAUGGGAGAUAUGCAAUCAUUGAACAGGCCAAGAAGGAAGGAAUCUGUGUAGAAUAUGAAGAAAUAUACAAAAAGAAGCUUUCAGAUGAGAUAGUGGCCAAUAUUGCCGGCAUAAUUAAGAAUUCAACAUCGAAGGUCAUUGUGUCAUUUAUGUCUUCAUCUUAUUUCAGAAGCUUUUUAUCAAGAAUCGAGUAUUUCAAUAUUACUGGGAAACACUGGAUUGGCUCUGAAGCCUGGGUCACAACACCCGAUCUGGCUUCUAUUAAGAGCAUGGGAAUUUUACAAGGCACCAUGGGGUUUGCCAUUCCAGAGGUCAAAAUACCUGGUCUUACUGAGUUCUUACUGAGUCUGCAGCCUUCAGAUGCACCAGACAGUGCUUUCAUCAGGGAUUACUGGGAGACAACUUUUCAGUGCAGUCUCUCAACAUCAAAUCAGUCUCAGUACAAAAGGCUGUGUGAUGGUUCAGAGGAUCUACGGUCAAUAACCAAUGAUUACACAGACAUGUCAGAAUCUAGGAUGGUUAAUAAUGUAUAUAACGCUGUUUAUGCAGUGGCACAUGCCCUUCACAAUCUCUUGCAGUGCAACAAUGGAACAAAUACAGUCACAGGGCAAGGCUGUCACAACAAGACUGAUAUUCAACCGUUGCAGGUGGUGCAUAGCUUGAGGAAAGUGAACUUUUCCAUACUGUCUGGGGGAAGGAUGUUUUUUGAUGAGAACGGUGACUCAGUAGCACUGUAUGAUUUAGUAAACUGGCAAUUCAACAAAGAUGGUUCUGUCAAUAUCAGUAAUAUUGGUCAAUAUGAUGCAUCUUUACCGAGUGGAAAAAGAUUCCAAAUGACAGAAAACAUCACAGUCAUAUGGGGAGGAGACCACUCUGAGGUACCAAGAUCUCUAUGCACAGAAAUAUGCCCCCUUGGCAGUCGGAAAGUUGUGAACAAAACAAGACAAAUAUGUUGUUUUGACUGCUUACCCUGUGCUGAUGGGGAAAUUGCUAAUGAAACAGAUUCUUCCGACUGCACAAAGUGUCCAUCAGCAUAUUGGUCAAACAACAGGAAGGAUGAUUGUGUUUUAAAAACUACAGAGUUCCUGUCCUAUGGAGAAACAAUGGGGGUGGUGCUGGUCAUAUUUUCUUGUUUUGGUUUCUUCUUGACAGUGCUUACAACAGUCGUCUUCUUUUCUUUCCGUAAAACUGCAAUAGUUAGAGCUAACAACUCAGAGCUAAGUUUCCUGCUGCUCUUCUCAUUAAAGUUAUGUUUCCUUUGUUCUCUUACUUUCAUUGGUCGGCCCUCUGAGUGGUCCUGUAUGUUGCGUCACACAGCGUUUGGGAUCACCUUUGUUCUCUGCAUCUCCUGUGUUCUGGGGAAAACAAUAGUGGUGUUAAUGGCCUUCAGAGCCAGUCUUCCAGGCAGUAAUGUCAUGAAGUGGUUUGGGCCUCUGCAACAGAGACUCAGUGUUCUUGGCUUCACCCUCAUACAAGUCCUUAUAUGUGUCCUUUGGUUAACUAUAUCGCCUCCAUUCCCAUACAAGAAUAUGAACCUUUACCAGGAAAAGAUUAUUCUAGAGUGUGAGGUUGGAUCAGCAGUAGGUUUCUGGGCCGUAUUGGGUUACAUUGGAAUCCUUGCUGUAUUGUGCUUCAUACUUGCUUUUCUGGCUCGCAAACUACCUGAUAACUUCAAUGAAGCCAAAUUGAUCACAUUCAGUAUGCUGAUAUUCUGUGCUGUCUGGAUCACCUUCAUACCAGCUUAUGUCAGCUCUCCGGGAAAAUUUACUGUGGCUGUGGAGAUAUUUGCCAUUUUAGCUUCUAGUUUUGGAUUACUUUCAUGUAUUUUCUUUCCCAAGUGUUAUGUGAUUGUAGCUAAACCUCAACUAAAUUCAAAGAAACAUGUGAUGGGUAAAGUGACAUCUAAGUCAUUAUAA